GCGUCCAAGGCGCCUACGGUAGCACAGGCGGAUAUAGUAUCGGUACGCCUGACUACAGAGAAUCCGAGCAUUACGAUGAUGUCGACAGCUGGAGAAGGCUGCGCGACAGAUGGACAACACUGCUUGGUAUUCGAAAUAUUCAUUUGAUCAAGUACCACAAAGUGACAAUCAGUACAUCAACUGGCGGAGCGUCCGUGGAAUUUUUAAUGGAAUACUGUAACGGCGGCGACUUGGCGAGUCUUCUGAACAGCGUUCGUGACUCGCACGAAGGAAUCGAAUUUUUCAGGCCUAAUAAAAUCCUCUGCUAUGCUCUGCAAAUAAGCGAAGGACUGGAGUUUUUGCACAAUCACCAAAUUAUCCAUGGCGACUUAAAACCGGCAAACGUCCUACGUCACUGCACUGCUGACGGUCAUGAUCGGAUAUUAAUUGGCGAUUUGGAUGACUUUACCCAGAUGCACCACUCUGUCACCAGCUCCUACGAUAUUCCAACGCUCCGCGGCAGUAUUCGCUACUUGUCACCGGAAAUGUUGAAAAAAUUCGGCGGUAUGCCGACCGCGUCCCCGGGUCGGGUAACGGACAUUUGGAGUUUCGGGUGCAUCCUUCACGAGCUGCUGAAUUGCGGUUACGGUGUGGAUAAGCGAGUGCUGCACGCGACUCUCCUGUCACCCGAAAACACCCUGAUUCCGCAUUAUUUUCAUAUGCUGAAAAACAUCAACGAUAACGUAUUCGUCAUGACCGUGCUUAACGGCUAUGCUCCAUUCAUCAGCGAAUUGGUACCUUCCAUAUUCCGGGAGUUUUUGGAAAAGAAACUAUUUGUAAACAGCAAUCGUCGCUUUACGGCGUCAGACGUUAAAAAUGCAUUAUUAAAAAUCGCUUGGAAAUUAUAUCCGAGUUUUACGCAGUGGAGGGAACUGGAUGAUAAUUCAGUCUGCUUUUGCCGGAAUACUUCAUCUCAUGGAAACCCACCCCCUUCGAAUCUGAAAAAUAACAUUUUGUUUGUACACAAAUUAAAACAAUCCGGGGGAAACUAUCCGGAAUCGGAAUGGGUGACCUCCACUUCAGUGCAACAGUUUAAUCCCCUCGCCAAAACAUUGCGUCAAAUUCAACUUCCUGUUCAUCCACAUUCAGACAGUUAUAUUCUUUCAUCGUUUGUCGUAAUGGGGGUUCGCUUAAUAUUUCAAGUCGUAGUUAAGGAAAAAUCUGGAAAGGACGUAACGCGAAUUCUGGCCGUAGACUUGGAGAAGGGAGCGUGGUGUGCACUGAAUGCGAACUUUGAAGUCAGGGCGUGGUGCCGCACACCGGUGGUAAUCGGGAACAGGAUUUAUUAUUUUGAAACUCCGGAUCCGAGUGAAGAACGCCGGGAACUCAAACUUAUUUAUGGCCAUCAAAUCGUAAAGGAAGUCUGUAGCAAUUCCCCAAUAAUGGUGGUGGCUAACGAAGAAGAUACAAUUUGUACUAGUACGCCACUAUUUUUGAAAAUUCAUGCAACCAAAGGUUACUGGAAAGACAUGCGCUUUAUACCGCCCGAGCACCGACGGGUGGAUUCUGCUUUAGCUGUGUUGGGUGACUACGUGUACAUUACUGGUGGAUCGAGUGAGUCGGGGGAAACGCUGGACACAUGUUUACGCAUUAAUUUGGAUGCUGAAAACCUCGAAUUACAGACGAUGUGCCCCCUACGGAACCGUCGGCAUAAGCACGGUGCGUUUGCGUUUGACAACCGAGUCUAUGUUUUUGGUGGUUGCGUGCCGAGUGCUUCUGGACAGUCAAGUCAGUUGGCACAAACAAUGGAAGUCUACGACCCGGUAUCGAAUAUAUGGUCAGAGUUCCCUUUCGAGAAUCUGGACACGCAAUGUUUUCUGGACAAGGAUUUGAUAGAAACUGCAUGUUUUCAGUUUAUUAGAUAA